AUGUUGUCAGUUCGUGACGUCGCCGCCGGCCGGUUGUCGGGCGAACACCGGACACAAGCCACACUUUUUGCGACGCCCUCGCCUGCCAACGUUGGUGCAACGUCCCCGCCGACACCACUGGGUCGCCUAGACAUCAACACCCCACCACAACCCGCCGACCCCCAGCAGGCGGCAAAGAGAAGGAAGAACACCGAAUCCACAAGAAAGUGCCGGUUUGUGAAAGCCAUCAAGGAAAACAUCGACUCAAGUGCAAGGAGCCAUGCGGAUACGUUUGGGAUGUCCUUCGAACAAGCACAAAAAGACGCCUACAAGGGCGUCAUGACCCACGAGAUAUGCCGACAAGUUGUUCACGACGAGUGCAAGGCAAAAAAGAACGAACACCACGCCGUCGUGCAGGCCGUGCGCGACGUGUGGUCAAUCGUGAGCGGGUCGAGCGUCGUUGCAAGUGCGGGAGGGUAUUCGCUACGGAGAACAAUGGUGGGCAUCAUCGGCUCUCCCCGUGUUAGCUUCGAGGCCGCCAAGUCCUUCCUAGGAGGAACCCUCAAAGAGAAGACGUACAAGAAGGCCAGGGAACGACGAGAGGAGGCGCUAAAGAACAACGAUUUCGGCAAAAUGGCGGGCAAACGAAAACAAAGAUCGGACAACCUGGAGGACCUUUACCCGUUCGCGAUGGCCAGGGUUAGGGAAAGCAUCGAGGAGCGCACACAGCCGUCACCGUGCGAAACGAAGACGAAGCACGACCGCGCGAAGGGGAACCAUAUCCGGUCGGACGCAGAUAACUCCCUCGUUUGUGUGCGCCCCGAGCUGUGCCAAACACACGGAAUUUCCUACAUGAUGGGGACCCAACUACAGCUCUACAACUCUUGCAUGGAAGAUCUCCAGGCAGCGUUCGAACAGGGCCAUGUCGAAGUGGGGUCGAUCUCCAAGAAGUCAUUCGAGGACAUCAUACCCUUCUACGUAGUGGAACAGUCACCUCGCUCCUGCCUUUGUGUGCAUUGUUACAAGGCGAAGCUAGCCACGGUUUCCCUUGUCAAGAUGUGGCCGACGCUCCACCACGGCGAAACAACGGGAGCUGCCUGCUCGUGCACUUGCGACCUGUGCUCCUCGGCAGGGGGCUGUAAGGAAUUCCUGCCGUAUUCCUCGCCCAAGGAGGUCUCCAGCAUGGGCAAGUUAAGCGACAAACUCAUGUGCGACAAAAUCUUCCUUUACACAGCUACCGGCAACGGAAAGGCCAUCAGUGCACACUCAUCGGUUUGCGUAUCGGGGAAUUGCCCGCGGUGCAAGGAAAGGCAGGACCGUUUCUUUGGUUGCCCUCGGAAUAGAGGGGGUAUCGACCGGGACUUGGGGCCCGCUUCUACCUCUUCCUCGACCAUCCAUCCUGCAGGACGAACGUCGGGUGGGACCGUCGAGUGGAGUAUGUUCGACACGGUAGAUGAAGCGGGGCGUGCAGUGGGGCCUAGCCGUAGGAGAGGGGCAAAUGCGGGCGGCGACGGAGAGAGCGACGACGACUCAGGGGGCGCGGGCAGACCAAGACCGAAGAAGGGGGUUGUUGUCAAGAGAGGCACGGUCGACGAGUUCUUUGAAGAGGUCCGGGAGAUUCAGGGUGUCUACAGAAAGCAUCGAAGACAAUUCCACCACCAGAGAAGUACAUUCAACGAGACUCUAGCAACGUUGGAAGAGGGCCAGGUCGUGUUCGUCGUGGACUUCCAGGAACAGCUACAACUGAGCGAGCAGGACGAAGUUCAGUCCCAACACUGGCAGCACGAGAGUGUGACCAUUUUCCCCGCCCCUAUCUACUUCAAGAUGAGAGGGCGAGUUUGGUGCUACUCUUUCCAGGUCCUCACCGAUGACAGGACCCAAGACAACGUGUGGGUGCAGUACGUCAUGAAUCAGUUGCUAAGUGUCCAUGUCCCUGGCCUGUUGCGGAAAGUCGGGGCCGCCCCGAUGACCAAAGCCAUAAUCUUCACGGACAACUGUGCCAAGCAGUUCAAGUGUAGAUUUCACUUUGGCUGGGUUGCCCAAAGCGGUGUGAUGAUUCGCGACUCCGACGGGAAUGCCACCGACAUGCGUCUUGUUGUUGAGCACCACUACUUCGGCUCGUGUCAUGGGAAGAGCAAUUCGGACUCAGAGGGAGCUAUAACGAAGUUGGCAGAGAGAACGAACGUCAUGAACGGGUCGUGGGUCGUCCGAAACCCGGAACAUCUUUGCGAGCUGCUGGCGAAGGAAUUCUCCUUCUUGCUGCAGGAGGCUUCUCCAGACGAGGCUGAUCGCUUCUACGAAGACAAGAGCCACAGCCGAGGAGGGCAGCAGCUUCUGGUGACAAAGGUGUGCGACCAUCAACUGCCCCCAACCGGGAAAGAUAGACCCAUUCCCGAUGAUAGGUCGACCUUGGUUGUUCAGAUAUCGUUGGUCUUUUCAUGAAUAGCCUGUAAAUACGUUGGAGUCGCAACCUGAGACCGAAACGCCACGACAUCUUUCAUCAACAUGCGUCCUGUCUUCUACCCACCCAUGGCGAAACUAACCAUUUUGAGCCUCGACCAUAUCACCUAAUGUUUGCUACAUGGCCAAACGCUGGUGUCCUGUUUUCAUUGUGAUCGUAGGUGGUGGAAGGGGACGACGGUGCUGAGAGCAGGAAGACGUUCCUCCUCACAAAGAAGAAGAACACGCUUCUUGGAAGAAAGUACCUCUUCGUUCGACAAGGCGAUAUUCCCGAGGCCUUCCGCGCCGCGGCCCGAUCUGAGGCCAACGCAAUUCCCGUCUCCGGCU